AUGCAGAAGAUCUUGCAAACAGAUGAAAUUGCCGAUGCCCAAGCUCUUAGAAAAGGAAAGAGGAAAAGAAUAGAGACAACAGAUACAGAAAACGCACACCGUGCCGUGGGUGAAGGACAGAGGAAUCCCUACUCAGGAAACGCCUUUCUGCCCGGGGAGAGCUCCAGUGAGGAUGAAGCACCUUUGGCAGAGCUGUCCAAGGAGGAACUGUGUGCCAAGAUAAGAACCCUGAGAGAAAGGCUGGCCAACACCCGGAGGGAGAACAGCCGGCUGCGGCAGUCUCUGGUCAUGCUGCAAGUGUUGCCACAGGCCGUUGUCCAGUUUGAGGAAUUGGUUGGCAUGGCAGAGACCCUGCUGAAGGGGGGGAGCACCGCGCCUACACCCGCGUCCACCCUCUGGAGGGCGGCCAGCAGCUCCUCUCCGGACUCACUGACCUCCGUCUGCAGUCCUUCUGGCUCUGACUCCAGCUCCCCCAGUUCCCUCAAGGCCGAGGAGGAGAAGCAGGUUAGCAGCGCACCGUUCAAGAUUGAAAGUUGGCAGAUUGCCCGCUGUAAUAAGAGCAAGCCUCAGAAGUUCAUUAAUGACUUAAUGCAAGUGCUUUACUCUAACGAGUACAUGGCCACGCACAGCCUGACGGGGGCCAAGUCCUCCACGUCCAGAGACAAAGCCGUCAAACCAGCCAUGAAUCAGAACGAAGUUCAGGAAAUCAUAGGUGUCACAAAACAAUUAUUUCCCAACACAGAUGAUGUUUCCAUCAGGCGGAUGAUAGGACAGAAGCUGAACAACUGUACCAAGAAGCCAAAUCUAAGCAAAAGCCUUAACUCUCAGGAUAUUAAGUAGAUCUUUUUGGUAUUAUAGGCAUCUGCAACAAAACGCCUUCGGUUCUGAAUCAGUCAUUGGGUUUUGUUGGAG